AUGCAGACAAGCACUUUCCUCCUCGUCCUAACUACGGUGGCCACUGUGAGCACCCAGCGGAGGGGGGCCGAGGGCAGUGCGCGGCGCCGGUCCCACCGGGUGCAGCAUGGCCAGUGCAGUUACACGUUUGUCCUGCCGGAACCUGAGCCGUGCCCACCUGGGCCAGAGGCCUUUGGCAGCAGUGCCAACACGUUGCAGCGCGACUCACCUGCGGAAGCGCCUCAAGCGAAUGACUGGUCUGCCCAGAGGGUACAACAGUUAGAGCGGGUCCUGGAGAACAACACCCAGUGGCUGCAGAAGCUGGAGAGCUACAUCCAGAUGAAUAUGAAGUCAGAGAUGGUUCAGAUCCAACAGAAUGUGGUCCAGAACCAGACAGCUACCAUGUUGGAGCUCGGCACCAAUCUCCUCAACCAGACAGCCCAACAAACAAGGAAACUCACUGAUGUGGAAGCCCAGGUGCUAAACCAGACAUCCAGGAUUGAGCUCCAACUGUUGGAAAACUCACUGUCCACCAACAAGCUGGAGAAGCAGCUGCUGCUGCAGACAAAUGAAAUCCACAAACUGCAGAAUCGGAACAGUGUGUUAGAGACACGAGUUAGGGCCAUGGAAAGCAAGCAUCAAACUGAGCUGGAGGGCAUCCGGGGCGAGAGGGAGAAGCUUCGGCGCCUGGUGAAUCGUCAGAGUAGCACCCUGGAAGGCCUGGAGAGGAGCCUACACGCAGCCAACAGCAACACAAGUCUCCUCCAGCGGCAGCAGCGGCAGCUCCUGGACUCUGUGCAACGCCUGGUCCACAUUGUCUCUACUGGCAAAGCUCUAUUACAGAAGGAUGAGAGAUCUUUCCAGGACUGUUGGGAAAUCCGCCUCUCUGGGAUCAACGUCAGCGGUGUCUACACUAUCCACAUAGCCAACUGGACAGAGCCCAAGAAGGUAUACUGUGACAUGGAGACCAGUGGUGGAGGGUGGACCCUCAUUCAGCGCCGAGUGAAUGGCAGCGUAAACUUCCAGAGGAACUGGAAAGAUUACCGACAGGGCUUUGGCGAUGUUGCUGGGGAGCACUGGCUGGGCAAUGAGGCGCUGCACCAGCUCACCAGCCGGGCUUCCUAUGCCCUGAGGGUGGAGCUGCUGGACUGGGAAGGAAACCAGGCUUACGCCCAGUAUGAGCGAUUCCAGCUGGGGAGUGAGCAGCAGUUCUACAGGCUGACCCUGAAGGAGUACAGUGGCACGGCGGGUCACCAGAGUGGCCUGGUCCUCCAGGGCACCAACUUUAGCACCCGAGAUUCUGACAACGACAACUGUCUUUGCAAGUGUGCUCAGAUGCUGUCUGGAGGAUGGUGGUUUGAUGCCUGUGGACUCUCCAACCUCAAUGGCAUCUAUUAUCCAGCCAGACACAAUGUCCGAAAGCUCAAUGGCAUCCGGUGGCACUACUUCCAGGGCCCCAGCUACUCACUUCGGGCCACACGCAUGAUGGUGAGGCCCACAGACUUCUAG